AGGCUGGCUGACCUCAGAUCUGCAGCUCCCCACACCGAACGCCCACAGACUGCUGCCGGAUAAAAGCUGCAGAAGCGUCGUCAGCCGCCGCUCUCCGGACUCCCAGCUCCCUCCUGCAGUCGCACCGCACGGUGAGAAGACAGAUGACGAUGACCGACCUGGAGACCUCGAUGGCCACCAUCAUCGCAGUGUUUCAGAAGUAUUCAGAGAGAGAAGGAGACAAACACAAGCUGAAGAAGAGCGAGCUGAAGGAUCUGCUUCACGACGAGCUCCCAGAUCUGAUGGCGCAUGUCAAAGACCAGGCGGCGCUGGACAACCUGAUGGAAAGCCUGGACGCCGACGGCGACUCCGAGUGCGACUUCCAGGAGUUCAUGACAUUCAUCUCCAUGGUUACCGUCUGUUGCCACGAGUUCUUCGAGCACGAGGACGAGUAAAGGGGAGCUACAGUAAAUUAAAAGGAAGCCUAGCAACGCACAAACUGUCGACGCCUUCAGAGCAGCGCAGGGCGGAGAAAACCCAACCAGCGGCCAAAACUCCAGUCAAGUAGUCACCUCGUGUCAAACCAACCUCGUUUUCUCUUCCUAAAUACCUAAACAGUUUGUAAAACCUUCAAAACGGCAAUGAAGGUUGUUAUAAAAGUAGCCAAACAAGAACUAAAGUAGCUCAAAUAUUGGUUAAGAAGACAUUUAGAGGCCUUACUUGGUUGUAAACUGGGCUAGUGAUUUGUUGUUUCUCUCAUAGUCUCAUAGUUUACAUUUUACAAGUCAACUUCUUGCUAGCUUUUGGCUAUGGCUACCACCUUUGGCUACUGUGCAGUAAUCAAUAAUUCAAGAUUCUUCUUUUAAAACAGCCAAAAAAGGCCAGUAAAGUUGGAAAAUCUUUUAAACGGCAAUGAAGUUUGUCGGAAAAGUAGCCGAACAAGAACUAAGCUAGCUGAAGUAUUGAUUAAGAAGACUUUUAGAGGCCUUAGUUGGCUAUAAACUUGGCUACUGAUUUGUGAUUUCUCUCAUAGUUUUCACUUUGUAAGUCAAGUUCUUGCUAGCUUUUGGGUAUGGCUACCAAUUUUGGCUACCAUGACGUAAUAAUUCAAGAUUCUUCUCUGAAAAAGCCAAAAGGGCCAGUAAAGUUAUAAAAUCCUCAAAACGGCAACGAAGUUUGUUAGUAAAGUAGCCAAACAAGAACUAGAGUAGCUGAAAUAUUGACUAAGUAGACUUUUAGAGGCCUUAGUUGGCUAUAAACUGUUCUACUGAUUUAUUGUUUCUCUCAUAGUCUCAUAGUUUAAUUUUACAAGUCAACUUCCUGCUAGCUUUUGGGUAUGGCUACCAAAACUGGCUACCAUGAAGGAAUCAGUAAUUCAAGAUUCUUCUCUUUAAAACCCUAAAGGGCCAGUACAGUUGUAAAAUUGGGUAGCAAGAUGUUAUGUUUUUAUUUCUGUACUAUUAAACAGUCCUUCCCUUUCUAUGAAUCAAGCUGGCUGGAAGUUUUGGAAAGUGUUGACAAGGUUUUAGGAAUGGCUACUACUUUUGGCGGCAAGUGGCCCAAUGAAAGUGGUUUGUAAGUUUGCCUACACUUCAUCUACUUUGGGGAUUUUGCCAGACUAAUAGAUUACAUCGUGACUUAAUCAUUCUGACAGCCACAAAUCGUAAUUUUUACCGUUAAAAUCUAGGAUGGCCACUAAAUUGAGAAAGUGGCUAGCAAGUUAUUCAAUUCAACAACUUAAAGUUAUCUGUGUCUGAAAAACCUUUCUGACUAUCAAAAGUUGAGAGUAAAUUAGGUAUCAUAUUAACAAUACUGAAUUGGCUUGUAAAAGCUUCAAAAUGAUGUGUGAAUUUUAGGUUCACUAGCUGCUAUUUUUAAUAAACUUGAGUUCACAAUUAAGUAGUUGACCGCUGCUUAAAAGUUGGACGUCAGAUUUAAACAGCUAGUAGCUAUUUUAAAACGCUAGCUGGAUUUGUGAGUUUUUCUGACAGCCACCCGUCAUUUCAUUUGAUAUUUUGCACGUCAAAACUAAGGAGGCCACGGAAUUGACAAGGUAAUCAAGUUCUGUAGCUAUCCAAAGACGACUGUGUAAAAAUGUAACUGACUAUCAGAUUUUUAAAGUGGCUUGUAGGUUUGACUGCACUUGACGUAAACAUAAUUUCAUUUCAAAAGUUUUGUCAGAUUGAAAGAUUUAAUAGCGACUUAUUCUGAUAGCCACAAAUCAUGAAAUCAAGAUUUUGCUCUAUAAUCUUAAAUAGCCGCUAAAUUAAGAAAGUGGCUAACAAGUUAAUCAACUCCAACACUUUCUUAAAAACACUCCUUGUUGCUUGUCACAUUUUGAAACUGGCUAGUAAGUUAGACAUGCCAUCAAAACUAUCAGUUGGCUCGUAAAAGUUUCAAAAUGGCUAGCAAGUUUUAGCUAGUGAAGCUGCUAAUUUGGUAGAUGACUACUAGAGUUUGUCCUUGUAUUAAAAUAAGUUAAAUGUCUAGUAAUGUUUCAAUGAGGCUUUUAAUUUGUUAGUUUUGGGGAAAAAAAUUAAAAAAUUUGCACUUGUAGUCUUAGGAGGCCACUAAACUGAAAAAGUGGCUAACAAGCUAGUAGCCACAACAAUCAACUGACUAGAAGAGGCUGUAUAUGAAAAUGUCAAUGACUAUCUAAUUUAGAAAGUGACUAGUAGGUUAGUUGUUGCAUAAAAACACUUAACUAGUUAGUUAAAAAAAAGAAAAAUAGCUUCAGCAAAUUUAGAAGUGACUCCGAAAAACAGUAAAAUUUCAAUUUUUUUCCAUAAUUUGUUGUUUUACUGUUAAACAAAAGUGUGGCUUAUUGAAUUUGUACGUUGCUAGUAGGUUUGUCCGUUUUAAAUGUUUCAUUUAUGUGCUGUUGAUAUUUUUUUUGCAGUUUUCUCAGAUUUAACAGUUGUUUUUUUGGUAGCUGUUAAAGAAGUAACAAGAAAUUCUUUACUAAAAUAAUCCUAAGAAGUUGUGUUUUAGUGUAGCUGAGUUUAGCUCUGAUUAGCUUCCUUCCCUGAUUCUGCUGCAGGUUUAACUCUGUUUUAGUUCAUCUUCAGAACAAAUGCAAACUGUCAAACAAUCUAAAAACAACACAAAUAGAUCUAAAAACUGUGGAGCAGGAGAGUUUGUCUGACGUGUUUUCUGAAAUGUGGACUGUUGGUUUGUUUGGACGUCGGCGGAAUGAAUUAAAUUAUCAGUUUGAGA